ACAUCCAUUAGCAGUAGAUAGACCACCACAGACAUCGCUGAUUAAGCACGGGAUGGAAUCUAACACGCUUCCUCACCGACUAUUCGCUGAUCACCAAGAGCCAGUUGGUGACCGAGUGAAUUCGUAUUUUAAACUCGAAACGCUCGGGGUUAUCCUAAAAGCUCUCACACCUGACGAGCUUUCUCUCAUCCGGCCGUGCUUUGGGAAGUUGCUCGAAAUGUAUCACAAACCCGCUCACUCCGGCAAACUUGCCCAUUUUCUACUGACACGUCAGUUGAAAUCCGAGAAAAAGCAUGAGCUGUGGUUCAUUUUCGGCGGCAAGCCGGUCAAAUUCUCUAUCCGCGAGUUCGCGAUUGUCACAGACUUAAACUGCAAACCCAUUUCACCCCCUCCUCGAGAAAUGCUGAAGUGUAAACCCGGAGAAGUCUCAUACUGGUUCACUUUAUUCGGGGUGACAAAAAUGUCACCGGGGAGAAGC